AUGAUCAUCUGGAAUUUCGGCGUCGUGGGAAUGAUCUGCAUCCACUGGAAAGGGCCGUUGCGGCUGCAGCAGGCGUACCUCAUUGUCAUCAGCGCCCUCAUGGCCCUCAUCUUCAUCAAAUACCUGCCCGAAUGGUCAGCAUGGGUCAUACUGGGAGCCAUCUCGAUAUAUGAUCUGAUUGCGGUGCUUUGUCCGAAAGGCCCGUUGAGGAUGCUGGUAGAGACGGCGCAAGAAAGAAACGAGCCAAUUUUCCCUGCGCUCAUAUAUUCAUCUGCCAUGGUUUGGAUGGUUGGCAUGGCUGACUCUAGUAAUCCAGAUUCCGCUGAUGAAAGGCAGCGGAAUGAGGGCGGAGCUUUAGCACAGGAAGGGUUGGAGUCAGAGGAUGAUGCGGCUCAGGGAGGGAGGCGGCGGUAUUCAGCAGAAGAGGACCUUGAGGAAGACCGAGGGGUGAAGCUGGGUCUUGGUGAUUUCAUCUUCUACAGUGUGCUGGUGGGAAAGGCGGCCACCACCGGAGGAGACUGGAACACCACACUGGCCUGUUUCGUGGCCAUUCUCAUUGUGAGUGUCUCAACUAGCCUUUAA